AUGUCAACGGCGGCUCAGCUGCUGCUCCGAGACGCAUCGGUGCUAGGAGGAGGAGGAGGAGGAGACGAUCUCGAGCUUCAUCUGAAUGCCAGUCUUGACGGCGUCGGCGGAUCCAACGGAACACUGAGAGAUCAGCUCGUUGCGCAGCUCUCCGACGUCGCGCCCCACCACUUUUUGAACCAGUUCAACGAGUCGUUGCUCUACGAAUUCCUCGAAACCAUGGACACUCAACACGGCAGGUACUGUUUUUAUUAUUUGGCGGAAUGAUCUCUGUCCGAUGACCAGAGAUCAUUUAUAAUUAUGUGUAUCUCAUUUUCCUUUCUUGUUUUUGUCCGUACCACGCCAAAAUAAGGGGAAACGUCCAAAGACGGCAGCGGUCUGAAAUUACUCGGAUUAGUGCAACUGUCCCAUUCAGUUAGGGUGAGUCUAGAGGACAUUAGGAUUUGUAUUUGAAUGUAGGCACAUGAAAAUAGAAUAAGGAAAUGAAAUGACCCUUUCCAACCACUAGGGAUAGGGGAAAACAUAAAUCAAAAACGGGGGCACCCUCAGAAUGUGUAUGUGUUUUUCCAGGACGCUCAUCCAGAACCUCUACUACUUCUACAUGCCGUUUUGCGUGUUCGUCGGCCUCACCGGCAACACGAUGGUUUGGAUUUUGAUCAGGUCAGUCAGCAUCUAUUUCUGGGCAAUUGUUUAUUGACAAAACUAUAUACUCGUCGGCCGGAAGGAUGGAGUGGGUGAGGAGUAAAAUUUUAAUUAGUUAGGGCAACACUUCCUUUGGGCGCUUUCAUGCGCAAUGAGCAGGAAGUUUCGAGCUUUCCGGGAAUUUGGUGCACUCUUCGCAAGGUGUUGUUUUGAGAUCCAGGCUAAAGGUCAGAGGAUUGCACAUUUCUUCGAUCGGUUCAUAGCUUUGCAGGAUUGUCAAUCUAGGUAUAGAGUCUUGUUAGUGAACAUUUGAGCCCAAGUGGAUCAUCUGAAAAGUCAAUAAAUGGUUCAAUAAAGAAAACGACUAUUCCUGAAAGGCCUGAAACCCCUUUCCCACAUCAUUUUUGAAAGCAAAAAGAGUCCCCUUCUGACGUUUCUGUCCCCCUUUCCGAUCCUUUUGAACUGCAUUAUCAAAUUUGGCGGCUUUUCAUUCUGAAGGCUUCGGCUCAAAAAGUGAAAAGAGUGUGGAUCGAAUGAAUAAUUAAAGCGGAAACAUCAUCUCGAAUACAUUUUCAGAAGCAACCGGAUGCUGAACAAACUACCGACGAACACGUACUUGCUGUGCCUGGCGGCCAUGUCCUCCAUCUUUCUGCUCUCUUUGCUCGUGUUCUGGAUUGAAGAGGUCGCAUAUAUCUACUUCUACGUACGUGCAUGUGCUCCGACUCGUGCGGAACGACACUUUUUCUUUCACUUUCUCCAAAUGUCUUCACCGUGUUCCCCCCUUUCCCCCCAGAGAUCACUACUAACACACACCGGGUCAUGUUCUUCUUCUUCUUCUUCUUCUCCAACUUUUUGAGACACUGAAUGAAAUGAAAUGCGGGAAGCGAGGGGGAGGGGGAAGGGAAGGGAAAGGAUGGCAGAGAAUCAAAUCGGAUUUCCUUCUCUGUCUUCCUCUUUUACUCGAAGCAAAAAGAUUUGGAGCCAGAUUUAAAGAGGAUGAGAAGGGAUUUCACUAAUUUUUCGGCAAGCUUUUUUGGACCCAACGAUUUGAGGAGGACUACCAAACACGUUCUGUUCACUCUUUCUUUCCAACUUCCUUUGCACUUUGAAGCACGAUUCUGAUUCGAAUACCUAGUUAGUCCGAUCCCAUUUCGGCAUGACUGCUACCUCCCCGACCAUCAAUAUCCUUUUCCUUUUUUUGCUUCAAAUAGUCGAAUUGCAGGACAUUUUCCAUGAUUCCCUGCUGCGCAACUCCUACUACAGCUGUAUUUUCAACACGUUUCUCGCGCACGUCUGCGACUUCUCCUCCGUCUGGCUGAUUGUUCUCGUGGGAGUCGAGCGGCUCUUCCUUUUGUACAGGAAGGCACGCGGGUUGACGUGCGAGAAGUAGGAGACGACGAUGCGUUUCAACGAAAACAACUGAAAUUGCAGAGCGCGCGCGCAAGUGCUCAUUCUGCUCGGCUUCGCGAUGGUCAUCAACAGCUGGAUACUGUUCGUGGCGGAUAUGGAUGCGGAGGGACAGUGUGACAUUAAAGAGGAGUUCGUGGGCAUGUACAAGACGAUGACUGUCGUCGAGACGAUCAUUUGCAUGGCGCUCCCGUCAGUCGUCAUUCUCAUUUGCAACGUUCUCGUGAUAGUGAAGCUCAAUGAGCAUGUCAGGUAAUCUUUGAUCAUCAUCCGCUCAGAUCUUAUAAUAGCCUCUGUUCAGGAGGAAUCCGGGCUCUCCAGCAGUGUCCUUCAACACAGCGGACGUGGUUCUGACCACCCAAACAUCCGCUCCGAGUCACACUUUGAAAAGCUACACACGUAUCUCGAGCCGGUUCUCGAUAGACGUGGAGAAGGCGCCGAAGAAGAAGAAGAAGAAGGGAAUACGGUACACGGACAUCCAGCUGACGCGCUCGCUCCUCGUCGUCACGUGGGCCUUCAUCAUGCUCAAUCUGCCCAACUACGUCUACCGCAUCUCCAGCAUCCUGUUUGGCGUCUCUGACCAGGUAACAAAAGCUAAAGCUAAAGCCUAAUCCGGCUCAUCAUCGUCACGUUUUUUCAGACGGAAGCGAUGCAGAAGAUUUCCCUGUUGGCUCACGUGUUCCUCUACACGCACCACGCCUUCCUCUUCUACCUCUACAUCUUCUACUCGCCGCAAAUGAAGCGACGUCUGAAGCCGACGGCGAUGAAGUUGCUCGAGUGUUACUGCUUCAAACCGCCCGGUGAUUACACCGAUCACACCUGA